AUGGGAUCACGCUCCGACUUUCACCAGGACCGCGGCGACUCUAUAAAUACUGUCUUGCCAGUGCGCCCAAAAUCAUCCACAACCCCAGCUUUGCAAAAACGCAACCAACUUGAAGACGAUACACCAUAUCAAUACUCUCUUCCAAUUCGAACAAUGGCCGGAAAGAAGCGAAAAGCCGAGGAACAGGCCAGUAACGACAACCUAAAACGACCAAACUUGGGACCUGACGGCGUACCAGCAGCAGACAACCAACAGGCAGACCUGCCCGACAAUGCAUCUUUAACAGCCGAUGCCGCUUAUGCCGCUUCCAAGGGGCAUAUGGCCUCAGGGCAUGACAUGGAUGGGCGCAUUGCAGCACCGCCCUCCCGCAAGAAGCAGAAGAGUGCCCAGUCAGCGACACCACAGUCGUCAACUGAAGAAGCCGGACAAGCGUCGAUAACCACGGGUAUGCCGGCCGACGAGGAAUGGGAGUGGGACGGCAGUGCUCUCAUUCCCGAUUCGGAGUUCCAGGUCAAACCAAAGAGCCAAACCUUUGACUUCGGGUACUCAGAAGGAGAAGAGACCGAGGCUGAAGUCCCCGAUGAAUUGUUGACCCAUCAGGAACUUCUGAAGCGAAUGAAAAAGCAGCGGAUGAGGAAGCAGAAUGGUGGAGCGGCACACAAGAAAUGA